ACAUAUAUAUAUAUAUAUAUAUAUAUAUACGUACGUACAUGAUUAUUUUAUAUAUUAUUUAUGUAAUACAUUUUGUAAUAUGUACAUCAAUUGUAACUUCAAAAAGGAAGAAAAUACUAUUUGUGCCCAGACAGCAGAAGCAUACAAUUCUGUGUCAAGGUCUUCUUUUUUAAAUGCAUUCUGAAAGUAUUGUUGUGUGUCAAAUACUCAAAACCACGAUUAUAAAACUGUGUCAUAAAUUUGGUGGUUCAACAAUCUUAACAUUCUCAUUACUUGUAUAAACAUACUCUUUAUUAUUUAAUAAUAACAAAAUAGUUGAUUCAUAUAUAAUCUCAGAUUGUAAACUAAUUUUGUAUUGCGAGUAAUAUAAAGUACAAUUUAAAUAACGUUUCACUUUAUUUCACUCACUUUUAUUGUUACACUGGUGCUUCUAAAGCAAGUUGGAGGUAGAUAACAGUGAGCAAUUCUUGGAAUACCUACUUCUCUCAUUGAACUGUUUGUGACAGCUAGGGGGGCACCACUUGCUAUCGAUUAUAUGCGAAUAACCGUUUAUUAUUGUUUAUGGUGGAGUUAUAAAUUUUUAUAUCAAAAUAUGGCAAUGGAUUAUAAUAAACCUUACGUAGUAAAAAAUAUGUUACAUGAAUGUAUAUGUUCUUAUGAUUAAAAACAGGAUUAUAUUAUAAUUUUCAACAUUUUAUUAAAAAAAAAAAAAAAGAAUAUAACAUAAGUGAACAUAUAUACAUAUAUGUAUGAAAGUACGUACUUACAUACAUAUGUAUGAUUUAAUCAUCAAAAUCUAAUAUUUUGUUCCUGUCUAAACAGAAACACGUGUGUACAUAUGUACAUGUGUGUAAAAUGAAAAUGAGAGUGUAUAAUUCGCGACGCGAUUGACGAAGUUUACUAACUCAUCAGCAGAGUAUAUAAAAAAAUAUAAAAAUGUGCAAAAAGAAACAUCACCACAGUUUGUAAAGACUUUAUCAAAUAAUAUGAUUAGCUUGAAAGAUUUAACAGAUGGUACAUGUUUGUGGAGAACAAUCCAAAAAGAGCAUAUUAAAACAAAUAAAAGAUGUAAGAAUAAAAUAUUAAAAACAGGAAAGCAAGAAAACAAAAUGUUAACAGAAGAAAAGAUGUUUCAAAUAACUGAAGCUGAAAUCCCGAAAUCAUUAGAAGAGAAAAUAGACGAUAUAUUGAAAGAAAGUAAUAAGAAACCUGAGGAACUUAUUAAGGGAAAGAUUCAUAGCAAACCAAUAUAUUUUAAAAACUAUUGUAUGAAUGACAAUGAUUUAAAUUAUUAUGAUAAUACUUACUUUGAAGCAGCAAAAGAAUGUAUUUCUGAUAGAUUACGAAAAUUAGAAGAUUUUGAUGAACUAAUAAUGGAAUUACAACUAGAAAUUAUUGAUACUUAUAAACAAUUUCUUAUAAAACCUUUGCGCCAGGAACAUCCAAUUUUAAUCAUACGGGCGCCUGUUCCGUGGCAUCAAUCUAAAUUGAUGGCAGGCCAUUUUAUGCAUUAUAAUUUAUUUAUCGGAAAUGAAAUAUUGAGAAAUAUUCAAAGUUUAUAUUUUACCAAAUAUUAUGACGUUACGAUCGUUAAGCUUGAAGAUCUAGGAACUAUCCCCAUUUCAGCAAAUGAAAUACAGCCUAAAAUGAAUUUAUUAUGUAAUAAAGCUAUAGAUCAACUUGUUAAGUACUGGCUGGCUGACGUUGCUGAAUUUUUCUUAGAGAAGAAAUACGCUUGGUCUCGUUUUAUUGAGAAACAUUAUGAUGCAUCUGUAUCACUGAUUGAAAAAUAUUUUAGAAGUGUAAAUACUCUUUUAUCUUUACAAUUGCGAAUGAUGGUGAUGAAAACGCUAAAUAAUAUUAGAGAUUUUUUUAUGGAAUAUAGUAAGGGAAAUUAUUUUGAGGGUGAUUUUGAGGAUCUAAUGUUUUACAAAACUCCCUUUAUAACAAUAACAGUGGAGCCAGAACUUGGUACAAUUAAAUUAAAUUGUAAACCGAGUAUUUUAGAAGUACGUGCAAUUAUUUCAGAAUGUUUUGAUAAAGUUAUUGAAGUUGGGACAAUGAUUCCAAAAAUUGAAACGAUCUUAUUUCCUGAAUUGAAGAAACAGGAGUUCUUAUUCUCCGUAUCACGAUAUGAAGAAUCGGUUUUAAGUAUAAUCACUGAUGUACUAAAUGUUGUGAGUGCUCAUACGAUGGGUCCACAAAUUUAUUUGAAAUGUUACGAAGAUUUUUUGUACAUAAUCGAUGGCCAAGCUAAACGAAAUUUAGACAACUUUUUUAAGAUUGAACCCAUGCCAUAUCUACAUGAAUUUGAACAAAAAAUAAAAAGUUAUGACCAACUUAGAGAAGAAAUUUCAGUGUUUCGUAACAAGAUUCCUCUGAACUUGGUAGAAAUCGACUGCACUAUUUUAAAUAACACUUUAAGGCAAAUCCUUUAUGAUCUUCGCACAAUUAUUUGUAAUUUCUUUGCAAAUGAGUUACGAUCCAAUAAUCGAGAUUUGUGCUCUAAUUUUGAUACAAUAGCAGAAAAUAUUUCAAAAAUGCCUGAGAAGACGCAAGAUGUUGUUGAAUUGUACAAUUACUUGUGCGAGAGUCGAGAUUCGACCAUGUUUAAUUUAAGAAGAAAAUUAUUGCGUUCUGUAGAAUUGAUUCUAUUCCUUUUUAAUUAUCAAGCACCCACGGAUGAUGACAUUCACUUAAAUACUCGCACCAUCACAUGGCCGAAAGAAAUGGAAACCGUAAUGGAUCUAGCAAACACAAGAUUAAAUAUGAGAAAAGAAUAUCUUGAGGAAGUAUUGCGUAUAAGAAGGGAUAAUUUUGAACAAAAAAUAUAUAACAUGAAAUUGGCAAUCGAUCAAUUUAAGAAGAAGGAUCCACCUGUACUAACUAUGGAGGAGAUGGAAGAUGCGGUAUUGGAAAUUGAACAUCUUUCUAAAGGGAUGGAAGAGAUUAGGAUAGAAGUUGAAGAGAUCAAUGAAGAAGAAGGACUUUUAGACAUGGAAUUGAGUCCAUACUUAUUAGUUCCCACGAUGUCAACGGUUGUCAAUGCACUCGAUACUCUAUGGCAUACGGUAUUAGAUUUUCAUAAGAAUUAUGAUAGAUGGUUUAAUGGUCCAUUUUUUGAUCUCGAUGCCGAAGAAAUUAAAGAUGAGACUGAUAAUAUCUGGCGCACAUUAUAUAGGCUGGCUCGUAUUCUUACCGACAUUCCGGGUGCGCGAAAAAUUACUGAAAUGAUUCGUGGAAAAGUGGAGAAGUUCAAACAAUACAUCCCACUUUUACAAAUUAUUUGUACUCCUGGAUUACAGGAUCGACAUUGGAAGCAAAUUAGCAAAGUAGUAAAUGUGGAUAUAGUACCAACGCCCACAAGUUGUCUGUUUGACAUGGUAGAACUGGGAUUGUUAGUUCAUAUAAGUAGACUCGAAGAAAUAUCGUCUGCUGCUAUCAAAGAACACGCACUCCAACAAAAUUUACGAAGGAUGAAGGAAGAAUGGGCAGAUGUUAAGUUUCAAUUCAUACUAUAUCGUGAAACUGGUGUUCAUAUAUUAUCCGCUGUAGAUGAUAUUCAUCAAUUAUUGGACGAUCAUAUUUUGAAAGCUCAAACGAUGAGAAGUUCUCCCUUUAUAAAAGCUUUCGAAGAGGAGAUGCAGGCGUGGGAAAAUAAAUUAUUGCAAAUGCAGGAUAUCAUUGAUCAGUGGUUAAUGUGUCAAGCAACUUGGAUGUAUCUAGAACCGAUAUUUAGCAGCGAAGAUAUAAUGCGUCAAAUGCCGACAGAAGCGAAGCAUUUUAGAAGGAUGGAUAAAAUUUGGCGCAAGAUCAUGGCAUACGCUGUCGAACAUAAUCGUGUACUUGAUGCUACCGGUAUGUUAAAUAUACUGCAAGAAUUAACGUUAUGUAACUCAUUAUUGGAAGAAAUACAGAAAGGUUUAAACGAAUAUCUAGAGAAGAAACGUUUAUUCUUCCCAAGGUUUUUCUUUUUGUCAAAUGACGAACUCUUAGAAAUACUCUCUGAAACUAAGGAUCCACAGAGAGUACAGCCCCACUUGAAAAAGUGUUUUGAAGGUAUUAGUAAAUUGCGAUUUACUAAAGACGAAGAAAUUAUUGGAAUGUUAUCAGAUGAAGAAGAGUAUGUUCCACUAAGUGGAAAGAUUUAUCCAGCAGAUGCAAAAGGCAUGGUUGAAAAAUGGUUGUGUCAAGUAGAAGAACUUAUGAGAGCUUCCCUUCGAGACAUUGCCGAGGAAAGUAUUAUCGCAUAUUUCAACACUGUUAGAGAAGAAUGGAUAUUUUCUUGGCCUGGUCAAAUUGUUAUUUGUUGCAGUCAAAUACAUUGGACUAGCGAAGUUUGCGAAUCAUUCGAAGAUCAUUCUACGAUAAAUUAUUUACAGACAUGUAAUCAUCAAAUAGAAAAAACUGUCACUUUAGUAAGAGGUAGAUUGGAGCCGGGUGCGAGAAUAACAAUAAAUGCUUUGAUUGUGAUAGAUGUUCAUGCUCGAGAUGUAGUACGACUGCUCAUUGACAAACAAGUGACUAACAUUAUGGAUUUUGAUUGGAUAUCACAACUGAGAUAUUAUUGGUUGGAUAAUAGUAUUUUGGUCACAAUAAUUACGACCUCUGUAGCAUAUGCUUUCGAGUACCUUGGAAAUACUUCCAGACUUGUAAUAACACCAUUAACUGAUCGAUGCUACAGAACUUUAAUGAGUGCAUUAAAAUUAAAUCUUGGUGGUUCACCCGAAGGCCCCGCAGGAACUGGUAAAACAGAAACAGCAAAAGAUCUUGCAAAAGCUGUCGCUAAACAAUGUGUCGUUUUUAAUUGUUCGGAUGGACUUGACUUUCAAGCAAUGGGUAAAUUUUUUAAAGGGCUUGCGCAAUCUGGAGCAUGGGCCUGUUUUGAUGAAUUUAACAGAAUAGAUCUAGAAGUUCUCUCGGUGAUUGCUCAGCAAAUUUUAACCAUUCAGAUGGCUAUAAGUUUACAAUUGGAGAAAUUUAUGUUUGAGGGUACAGAGAUUAAAUUAAAUCCCACUUACUAUGUUAUCAUAACAAUGAAUCCUGGUUAUGCUGGACGUCAAGAACUUCCUGAUAAUUUAAAAGUUCUUUUCCGUACAGUAGCAAUGAUGGUACCAGAUUACGCUAUGAUAGGAGAAAUUACUUUAUAUUCUUUCGGUUUCAUAGACGCCAAGAAUCUUGCAGAGAAGAUAGUUCAUACGUAUAAAUUAUGUUCUGAACAAUUAAGUUCACAAAAUCAUUAUGAUUAUGGCAUGCGAGCUGUAAAAACCGUGCUUACUGCUGCUGGAAAUUUAAAGUUGAAAUAUCCCAUGCAAAAUGAAUCUGUUUUGAUCCUUCAAGCGAUCAUUGACGUCAAUCUUCCGAAAUUUUUGGCUCAAGAUAUUCCUCUAUUUAAUGGAAUAUACACAGAUCUUUUCCCUGAUACCAGUUUACCAGAACCUCAUCGCGAUGAAUUAAUAGAGUUAAUUAGAAUUGUUUUGAAGAAACGAAAUCUUCAAGACACGCCUUGGUACAUGGAAAAAAUAAUCCAAAUUUAUGAGAUGUUGUUGGUACGUCAUGGUUUGAUGAUCGUAGGUCGUACAUUAAGCGGAAAAACCCAAGCGUAUCAAGUUUUGGCCGAAGCUUUGGGUGAGUUAGCUGGUAAAAGACGCGCUACUAUGAGAGAAUUUUCAACGAUUUAUAAGAUUAUUAAUCCAAAAGCUAUUACUUUGGAUCAGUUGUAUGGUAGUUUUGAUCCAGUAUCGCACGAAUGGAGCGAUGGUGUCUUAGCAAACAUUUUCAGGGAAUUUGCACAAGCUAUAUCGCCCGAACGGAAGUGGAUAGUUUUCGAUGGACCUGUUGAUGCUAUAUGGAUUGAGAGUAUGAAUACGGUGCUUGAUGAUAAUAAGAAACUCUGCCUGAUGUCUGGAGAAAUUAUACAAAUGUCACAUAAAAUGAAUAUGAUGUUUGAACCAGCUGAUUUGGAACAUGCUUCACCAGCUACUGUCAGUAGAUGUGGCAUGAUUUAUAUGGAACCAUCUCAACUUGGUUGGAAUGCAUUAUUUGACUCAUACAAAACAUACCUUAAAAAUAAGUUACUUAUCGAACAAUAUGAGUUAAUUAUUGAAUUGAUCGAAUGGUUGACAGAGCCAAUUCUGUAUUUUGUACAACAUUAUUGUAAAACAUUUGUGGAAGCGUCAGAUCUUCAUAUGUUCUUAUCUUUUACAAAACUUUUCACUGCAAUGCUGGAUGGAGAAACACAAGUUAGCACAGUUUGGCUACAAUGUGUUUUAUUAUUUAGUAUGAUUUGGGGAAUGUGUUCAACAUUAAUGAGCGAUAGCAGGAAGGCUUUUGACGUUUAUUUAAGAAAAUUAUCACUUGGAAAUGUCGAAGAAUAUCCUAAACCAAAAGCUUUUAAAUUGACGAAACAACAGCUUUUUCCUGAUAAGGGAACCGUUUACGAUUGGAUAUACGAUAAAAGAAAUAAUGGAUGUUGGAUACCGUGGAUGGACACAACGUUACAAGCGUCUUUAUUACCGGAUGUAAAAUCAAAUGGAUUAAUUAUACCAACAACUGAAGUAGUAAUUCAGUAUUUCUUUAUCAGAAAUCUUCUACAUAGAGCAAUACCUAUAUUAUUUGUUGGGCCAACUGGUACCGGCAAAUCUGUUAUUGUAUUAGAUUAUUUGCAAUUUCUACCUAGACAAAAAUAUAUAGAGAAUAUUAUAAACUUUAGUGCUCGUACCACUGCUGCUCAAACCCAAGAGAUAGUGAUGUCUAAGUUGGAUCGUAGAAGAAAAGGUGUAUAUGGCCCACAAAUGGGAAAGAAAUGCGUACUAUUCGUUGAUGAUCUAAGUAUGCCGCAGGUAGAACAAUACGGAGCUCAACCGCCAAUUGAACUCAUCCGUCAAUGGGUGGAUCAUGGGCACUGGUUUGAUUUAAAAGAUACGACAAUGUUAUACUUAGUGGAUAUGUUUCUAAUUUGUGCUAUGUUGCCACCCGGAGGCGGUUCCAACAUGGUCACACCCAGAUUAACUCGACACAUGCAUAUAAUUGGUAUCGACUUUUUUGAAGAGAUGACAAUGACCAAAAUCUUCUCCUCGAUUCUUGAUUCACACUUUGCAAAGGGAUUUGUAUCAGAAAUUUCAAGAUUAGGAAAAAUGAUUGUAAAUGCAACGAUGGAUAUAUUUCUCAACGCGAUCAAAACCUUUCUACCAACUCCAGCAAAAAGUCAUUAUACUUUUAAUUUGCGUGAUUUCAGCCGGGUUAUUAAGGGUAUACUUUUGGUACCAGCCUCUAGAAUGAAGGAUCCGGAUAAACUAAUUAGACUAUGGGUUCACGAAGUGUAUAGAGUUUUCCAUGAUAGACUGGUGGAUGAUAACGAUCGAGAAACAUUGUUUGAAAUGGUUCAGUAUACUUGUUACGAUCAGUUACGACAACCGCUAGGAAAAGUACUCAACAGACUAUUACAAGAAGGAGAAACGAUAACAAGUUCUCACAUGCGUGACCUCUUCUUUGGUAAUUAUAUAGAACCCGAUGCUGAACCGAAAAUAUAUGAUGAAGUGAUAGAUCUUGAAGAUUUACAACAAAAAAUGGAUUAUUAUUUAACAGAGUACAAUAUGCUUUCUAAGACACCUAUGUCGUUAGUUUUAUUCAGAUAUGCUAUUGAACACGUUUCUCGCAUUUCACGAAUAUUGCAACAAGAAAGUGGAAAUGCUCUUCUAAUAGGAAUAGGUGGAUCGGGUAGAAGUUCGUGCGCUAAAUUGGCAACUAACAUGUGCGAAUAUAUUAUGUAUCAGAUUGAAAUUACUACGACUUACGAAUUUUCGGAAUGGCGAGAAGACCUAAAAAGGUUGUUAUUACGUGUUGGAUGCGAUGGAAAAUCUACUACCUUUAUUUUUGGCGAUCAUCAAAUAAAGGAUGAAUCUUUCGUCGAAGAUAUAAAUAUGGUUUUAAACACUGCCGAUGUACCAAAUUUAUACGAUACCGAAGAAAAGGCUGAAAUUUUAGAUAAAAUGACGAAUAUAAUGCAUAGCAUCGGUGGGAGAAAAGUUGAAAUUACUCCUAUGAUUCUUUACAACUUAUUCCUUGAGAGGAUAAUAAAAAACCUUCACUGGAUUUUGACAAUGUCUCCAAUAGGAGAUAAGUUUAGAAAUCGCUUGCGAAUGUUCCCCUCAUUGAUAAACUGCUGUACUAUUGAUUGGUAUACAGUUUGGCCUGAAGAUGCCCUAGAAAAGGUAGCACGAGUAUCAUUGCAAAAUGUUAACAUCAGUAUGGAUUUACGAGAAAAAUGUGUUUACAUGUCGAAAAAGUUCCAUAUAAGUAUCGCAUUGGCUAGUGAAGAUUAUUAUAAAACACAAGGCAGAAGAUACUACAUAACACCGACGAGUUUCUUAGAACUUAUCAAAUCGUUUUGCAGGCUAUAUGAUCAAAAAAUCAAAGAAAUUACCGAGCAACAAAUGCGGUACGAAAUGGGAUUGGAAAGGUUGGAUUUCGCAGCAGAACAAAUAGCGGUUAUGAAACAGGAACUUCAAGCCUUGCAACCUAAAUUACUGGCACAAUCCGAGUUAAGCAAUAAACUUAUGGUUAGAAUAGAACAGGAUACUAUUAACAUUGAAGCAAGAAAGGAAAUUGUAGGUGCAGAAGAAGCUUUAGCAAACGAAGCUGCAGCUGCUGCACAGGCUAUAAAAGAUGAUUGCGAAAGCGAUCUAGCUGAAGCUACACCUGCAUUAGAAGCUGCUUUAACUGCGCUGGAUACCUUGAAACCUGCCGACAUUAGUAUUGUGCGAUCAAUGAAAAGUCCACCAGCAGGCGUAAGAUUAGUAAUGGAAGCUAUUUGCGUUUUAAAAGGAAUCAAACCUGAAAAAGUUCAAGAUCCAGCAACUGGUCGAGUUGUAGAAGAUUACUGGCCAGCUUCUAUAAGGAUAUUGGGUGAUAUGAGAUUUCUCGAGAGUUUGAAAAACUUUGAUAAAGACAACAUACCACCGGCAUACAUGAAAAUAAUUCGUGAAAAAUUUAUAAAUGACAGAAGUUUUCAACCGGAAGCUAUUAAAAAGGUUUCCACGGCAUGUGAAGGUCUUUGCAAGUGGGUACGAGCGAUUGAAGUUUAUGAUCGGGUGAUUAAAGUCGUUGCUCCAAAACAAGCAAUGCUGGCAGAAGCUGAAGCCGCCCUUGCUAAACAAAUGGAGGCUUUAAACGCUAAGAGAGCCCUUCUUCAGGAAGUUACUCAGAAGUUACAAUCGCUCAAUGACGAAUUUGCCGAGUGCAUGAGAGAGAAGAAGAAGCUCGAAGAUCAAAUUGAUUAUUGCAAGAAAAAAUUAGAUAGAGCUGAAAAAUUGCUAAGUGGUUUAAGCGGAGAGAAAAAUAGAUGGCAGGAAACAGCUACUAUAUUAGGAGCAAGCCUUAAUAAUGUUAUUGGCGACGUUUUAUUGUCUUCAGGAGUAGUCGCAUAUUUUGGAGCCUUCACGAUAGAAUACAGAAAUAAAUUAAUCGCAGAAUGGCACAAAUCUUGUGUAGAAACAGCAAUUCCAUGUGGAAGAAAGUUUAAUUUGAUUGAUAUUUUAGGUAAACAAGUAGAAAUUAGAGCAUGGAUAAUUUUUGGUUUACCGGCAGAUAACUUUUCUGUGGAAAAUGGAAUAAUUGUAAAAAACGCUGAUCGAUGGCCACUUAUGAUCGACCCGCAAAAUCAAGCAAACAAAUGGAUAAAAAAUAUGGAGAAAGAAAAUAAUUUAUCGGUUAUUAAACUUUCUGAUCCAAAUUAUGUGAAAAUAGUGGACACUUGUAUACAGCUUGGCACACCUGUUUUGUUGGAAAAUAUUUUAGAAGAAAUAGAUGCGAUAUUAGAACCUGUGCUUCUUAAAAAUAUUUACAAAGAACGUGGUAUCUUCUAUAUAAAGUUUGGUGAAAACAUAAUUGAAUAUAAUUCUGAUUUUCGAUUUUAUAUUACGACGCGUUUAAGGAAUCCACAUUAUUUACCAGAAGUAGUUGUGAAAGUAACAUUAUUAAAUUUUAUGAUUACACCUCAAGGACUUCAGGAUCAGUUACUAGGUAUAGUCGUUGCUAAGGAAUUACCCGUACUGGAAGAACGCAAGAAUCAGUUGAUUAUAGAAGGUGCAAAGAAUAAAAAGAUAUUGGAGGAAAUAGAGGAUAAAAUUUUAGAAGUUUUAUCUGCCUCGGAGGGCAAUAUUUUGGAGGAUGAAACAGCAAUUACAAUAUUAUCAACUUCGAAAACACUGGCAGAAGACAUCGAAGCUAAGCAAGAGGUAGCUGCUAAAACAGCGAUAGAAAUUGAUAAUGCUCGUAAUGAAUAUAAACCUGUUUCGAGGCACGGGUCUGUUCUGUUCUUCUGUAUCUCCGAAUUGGCAAACAUUGAUCCUAUGUACCAGUAUUCUUUACCGUGGUUCAUUCAUCUUUAUGAAAUGUCAAUAGCAAACAGUGAAAGGAGUGAAGAUCUAAAUAAUCGAAUAAAAAAUUUAAAUACAUAUUUUACAGCUAGUAUUUAUAGAAACGUGUGUCGUUCUUUAUUUGAAAAGGAUAAAUUGAUAUUCUCUUUUGUUCUGUGUGGUGGUCUUUUACGUGCUGAUAAAAAGAUAGAUGAAGAACUUUGGACAUUUUUGUUGGCAGGUGACGUAGCUCUAGAUAAUCCUUAUCCAAAUCCUGGCUCUCCUUGGUUAACUGAUAAAUCUUGGAAUGAAAUAGUUAGAGCUACAAAUUUACCUGAACUUGGAAAGCUACAACAAUCUUUUGAAACACAAACGUUAUAUUGGAAGGCUUAUUAUGACUCAUCUAAUCCUCAGGAGGAAUCUUUUCCAUAUCCAUUCCAAAAUGAGGGAGAAAAUUUAAAGAAGCUAAUUAUACUUAAAUGUAUAAGACCAGAUAAAAUUGUGGCUGCUGUGCGAAUGUUUGUUAUAUUUAAUAUGGGACAGUCUUUUGUAGAACCACCACCAUUUGAUCUUCAAGCAUGUUAUAGCGAUUCUAGUAACGUAACUCCUCUUAUUUUUAUUCUUUCUCCUGGAUCCGAUCCAAUGGCAGGCUUAAUUAGAUUUUCAGAAGAUUAUGGAAUACCAAAAGAAAAUUUGAUGUCUAUAUCAUUGGGACAAGGUCAAGGUCCAAUAGCAGUGAACAUGAUAGAUAGAGGGAUAAGAAGAGGAGAGUGGGUAGUACUUCAAAAUUGCCAUUUGGCAGUAUCUUGGAUGAAAGAAUUAGACAGAAUUUGCGAUGAAAUUAUUAUACCAGAAAAUACGCAUCCCAAAUUUCGAUUAUGGUUAACCAGCUAUCCAUCGAAGGAUUUUCCAAUCUCUAUUUUACAAAAUGGAGUUAAAAUGACUAAUGAACCACCAAAAGGAUUGAAGAAUAAUCUACUGAGAAGUUAUUUGAAUGAUCCCAUAUCAGACACAAAGUUCUUUAACAGUUGUAAUAAAAUAAGUGAAUGGAGGAGCCUCCUUUUUGCUCUAUGCUUCUUUCAUGCUGUUGUUCAAGAAAGACGUAAUUUUGGUCCAUUAGGCUGGAAUAUACCAUAUGAAUUUAAUGAAUCAGAUCUCCGCAUUAGUAUGUUACAACUACAGCUCUUUUUAAAUGAUUAUGAGCAAGUACCGUUUGAUGCACUUCUCUAUUUAACGGGUGAAUGUAAUUACGGUGGCCGUGUAACUGAUGAUAAGGAUAGACGUUUGCUGGAUUCAUUAUUGAAACAAUACUACAAUGAGGAUGUUAUUACCGAUCCACAGUAUUGCUUUACACCAAGUUGUAUAUAUCGUCUACCAGAAAAUACAGAUUAUCACGGCUGUCUAGAAUAUAUUCGUAAUCUGCCAAUUAUCCAACACCCAGAAGUAUUUGGUUUACAUGAAAAUGCAGAUAUAACGAAGGAUAAUCAGGAAUCAUUGCAGCUACUUAAAGGGACUCUAUUAACUCAACCACAUAUUACUAGUGUGGGAGUUGAAAGAGAUAUCGACGAUGUGGUUUACGGUCUAUGCGAUGACAUUUUAUCAAAAUUAACGUUGCGAUUUGAUAUUUUAGAAAUUUCUAAAAAAUAUCCAGUACUCUAUAUGAAUAGUAUGAAUACGGUUCUCCGUCAAGAACUCAUUAAAUUUAAUAACCUCGUUGACACGAUUAAAACUACUUUAGUAGAUGUACAAAAAGCCAUUAAGGGAUUGGUUCUAAUGUCAUCUGAGUUGGAAGAAGUUUUUCUCAGUAUGAGUAUUGGUACAGUGCCAGUUACUUGGAGUAAAAGAUCUUAUCCUUCGCUAAAAUCACUCGCAAGUUAUAUUAAUGACUUAUUAGACAGAUUAGCAUUUUUCCAAGACUGGAUAGAUCAUGAUGCACCAACUGUGUUUUGGAUAUCUGGCUUCUUCUUUACUCAAUCUUUCCUUACGGGUGUCUUGCAAAAUUAUGCCCGUAAAAAUAAAAUUCCAAUCGAUAAAUUAGAUUUUAAAUUUGAAGUAACUCAAUUUGAAACUGAUGUAAGAACAUCACCACCUUAUGGAGUUUACAUAAGGGGUCUAUAUUUAGAAGGAGCAAGAUGGAAUAGGCAGUUACAAGAAAUUGAUGAAUCUGAACCAAAAAUAAUGUUUGAUCUCCUUCCUGUAAUGUGGUUGAAACCUGGUAUAAAAGCUGAAUUUAUUAUUGAAUACGUAUAUCAUUGUCCUGUAUACAAAACAAGCGAAAGACGUGGCGUUUUGGCUACUACUGGUCAUUCUUCCAACUUUGUAUUAUAUAUUUUAUUACCAACACACGUUGACGAAUCUCACUGGAUUAAAAGAGGAGUCGCUUGCUUGUGUCAACUUGAUGAUUGAUUAAAUUAUUAAGAAAAUAUAUCAUUUUCUAUAUCAAUCUUAUAUGUAGAUGUCAAAAUAAUAUUACAUUUAAGAACUAUGUAUAUGAAAAUUUUUAAUAAAAAUUUUACAAAAGAUACAA